GCCUUCCUUCUUUGUUUUGUUUCUGGAAUGCUUGUUGAGGACGCAUGCGAACUCGCGUCAUCACGUUGUAUUUCGUAUUGUGGCAAGAAGCAACAGGUCGAAAAGCAAAUUUAUUUCUGUAUUCUGUGAUCGCUGCAAUUGUAAACAAUGAAAAGAACACGGAGAAGCACUUCGAACGUCAGUGAUCACAGCGAUGUCCCAAGUAAAGCUGCCAAGCUUGGUGAAAGCAAAGCUACAGUUUCAGAUCCCGCUUCAGCUUCAUGUUCGAACGAUGAUGUUCAGGACAAGCAGGUUUGCUUCAUUGAUCGCCUGCCAGAUCACCUUGUAGUCCGCAUCUUCCAAGAGUUGGAACUGCUGAAGGAUAUUGCAACCCUCCUGCCACAGGUAUGCAAAAGGUGGCAGCUUCUUGCAUCACAUGAGAAUCUUUGGAAAGAUGUCCAUUUGUCCUAUGAAUCUCACAUGUCAGAGUCUCAAAAAAAAAUGUUCUUCAAAUGUUUGCAAAUGGCACCUAAACUAAGUUCUAUCACUUUUGAGCUUGAGUAUCGGGAUGGACCCGACUUUGCUCAAAGAAUAAUCAAGAAAUGUCCAAGUGAGGUAAUGGCUCUUCAUUUUAUUUACGAUAAUCUUCCACCAGCAGCACUGUUUUGCUUACUCAAAAAGUAUAAAAAUUGCCUUGAAAAGUUGAUGAUAACUGACACAUACACUCCAUAUGUGGAUGAAGAUGUCAAACGAAUAUGGAAAGAAAUACUGAACUUGACCAAACUGAAACACUUAGUUGUGGAUGGAGCUGCUCUUUUUUAUCAUAAAGCUACCUUCAGAAGGGCUGCUCCAUGCUGGAAAACUUGGCAAAUCCUUGAUGUAAAGGACUGUUCCUAUGAAAACAUGAACACUGUUCAGAAGCUUAUCUCUGUUCAUCCCAACUGGAUUGAAGUUUACCUUUCCACAACAACUAGCUCUAUUUUCCGAGGGGAAGUAAAGGCCUUAUCAAAGUGCACCAGUUUGGAGACAAUUCAAGUGCCUUUCUGUAAAGAGUUUAAACUCCUUGAAAAAUGUGAAAGGUUGGAUAGCAUUAUAGUUGAUUGUGUUGACGAAACUUCCUCGGAGGUUUCCAAUGUGCUCCCUGUUUUAGCCCAGAACAAUGUGUUUCCUCUAUUGAAGACUGUCAAGAUAAUUGGUGGUGGGUCUUUAUAUGCCCCAUUACUAAUGGCUUUAGUCAAGGGGCGCCCCAAAAUUUCUCUCUUAAAUCUGGUGUCUUGUGACAUAAAAUCUGAGGAACUGCUGGAUGUGUUGGAAAAUACUCCAUCUUUGAAGACUCUUUAUUUUCACGAAAUGAGUGCCCAGUGUGUUUCAGCCGUGGCAAAUGGAGCUUCAAACAAUGUUUUAUCUAAUUUGGAAAAGCUCUCUCUUUUUGAGUGUUACUGUGAUGAGGGAUCAAAAUUAUGUGUGAAAGUUCUUGCUAAGGAGCUUGAACAACACCAAAAAAUAAAGGUAACAAUAGAGAGUAUAGUGUGCAGUUGCAAGCCAUAGUAGUGAUUCACAUUUGUAUUGUAUCUUAUGGAAAGCAAAGUGACUCUAUUCUAAAGGAGACAAGAAUCUAUCUUUGAAAAACAUGUUUGUACGUAGGGCCUCUGAAUCAAUCAUUACCCAGAUGACAACAUGGUGUUAAAAUGCUCAAUAGCAAAAGUUUUUCAAGAUCAAAUAAUUAAUCAUUUUUCCAGUCAAGGUUAAAUUUUCCUCUAAUUGUAUGAUUUGUACUCUCAAAAAAUCAUUGUGGAAUUGUUAAGAUGUUUUUUUUUUUUUUAUUAUUUACUAUUCCACAGAGAUGAUUAAAUUAAAUGAGAACUUCUUUUUUUCCACAAA